GGCCCCCCUUUCACAGUUUGGUGUUUUUUCCUUCUGUUAGCCAUCAUCUGAAGCUAAAAUGGAGAAACAAAAGCACACUGCUACUGGGCAACAGCUUUGUUCAGGUAAGGGGACUUCUGAUGUGGGCAGCACUUCAUCUUCAGAAGCUGAGUCCUUAAAGAAAAGCGGAGGCAAAACUGUAUCCACUGUAACUACACUUACUGCGGUUGCCACAAUUGAUAUACCUUCACAAGAGAUUCCAAGAGAUAAUGUGGAGGGUAAUGGAGCUGAAUGCAAGGAAAACUAUAAUGGAAAAUGGUCAGCACAAACAAAGGCUGAAGUUUCUGAGAGAAACCAAGACAAAACCAUCAGCCCUGUUGGUGGACAUGGACUUUUAUUUCCUGAAGCUGAUAAAAAGCAAGAGCAGAACUUGCCUGAGAGUGGGACAAGGAGGGAUGAAAGCUGCAAAAGAAAAGCUCAGAAUAGUUUGAGCAAGUUCAGUAACAAGAAAAGUCUUGACUUGCCUCGUCGGUUUUCGAAGCGACUAGCUGCGAUUGAACCUGAGCUUUUAGGCAAUGCAAGUUCCUUUGUUCAAGCAAUUCCUAAAGCUGGUAAUAAGCAAGAGCAGAACUCUCCUGAGAGUGGGAUAAAAGGGGAUAAAAUUUACGAAGGAAAAACUCAGAAUAGUUUGAGUGAAUCCAAUAAUGAUAAAGGGCUUAACUUGCCUCAUCAGUCUUCAAAGUGUCUUGAUGAGAUUGAACACAAGCGAGUGGUCAACUUGGUGUCCAUUGUGCAGGCUCGUCCAAAUCCAAAAACUAUUAGGUCUCCGAAUGGUGCUAUGGGUUUGACUUCAGAUGUUUUGGCAGAAAAAACAUCUGAGCAAAUGGAGGAUGAACCCAUAACAGAGCUUCUGCAUCAUGCUGCUGCUAAUACUAAUAAUCCUUUACUUCGAAAGCCAUCAAACAAGAGCCAAAAGACUCAUUCUGUACUGCCAAAGGCCAGAGUUUCUGACUUAAAUCAAUGUAAAUUGGUUAGUGCUGACAAAGGACCUUUCUUAACUCCUGAAGCUGAUGUUCAGAGUGGGAUGAAAGGGAAGGGCCAAGAAAAAACACAGAAUGGUUUGAGCAAACCAAGUGAUAAGAAACUAAAGAAAGGGAUGAACUUGGCUCGUCGGUCUUCAAAACGAAUUGCAGGUCUUGAACCUGAGGUGGUAGCCAACACAGGGUCCAGUGCACGUGCUCUUCAAAAUGCAAAAAGAUCUUGUAAAACUGAAGCCAUCCUAGCUGUGGGUUUGACUUCAGAUGCUUUGGCAGAAAAAGCAUCUCAGCAGCUUGGUGCUGAAUCUAGAACUGAGUUUCCAAAUCAUGCUUUGACUGAUGUCAAGAACCAAGUGUCUUUUCAGGACACAGCUGUUUCCAAGCACCAAUCGCAAGUGCAGGAAACUGACAAAACUAAUGAUGAGAAUUCAGAACCACAGCUUAUCCCUCCAUUUGGGGAGUUCUGGUCGGACCCUUGCCUUGAAUUUGCAUUCAAGACUCUUACAGGUGAAAUACCGGUUGAGAUUACUGCUGAAAAUGAGCUGGUUUCAACUCCUGCUUCUGAUAUCAUACAUGAGAGGAACUCGCUUAUGAAAACAAUUGAUAGAAGUAGCAAUGGAAAAACGCUGAUCAACUCAGGCAAAUGCAAAAAUAGUACAAAGCUUCAUUUGCCUCGUCAAUCUCCAGAACAAUUUUCAGAGCUUGAAAGUGAACCAAUGGGCAGCUCAAUCUCCAAUGUGCGUGCUUUUAAAAUGACAGGUAGAACAGCUAAAAAAUCUAGUAAAGAUGAAGCUGUUCUGGAUGUGGUUUCUCUGGACAAGUUUGCAGUGGGAGCUUCUCAGCAGCUCAAGGCUGGGCCAGAAGAGGCACAAGCACAUUAUUGUUCCCCAAACGUAACAACUACACCUCAAAUUGAGCCAUCAAAUAAGAGGAUAAAGCACCUUGAUGACUGCACUGCAACUGAAGAGCAUUCACAGAAGUUGGAAAUUGAGAAGAAUGGCAACAUGCCAGAGUUACAGCUAAACUUUUCCUUUGGGGAUUAUUGGUCAGACCCAUGCUUUGAAUUUGCAUUCAAGACUCUUACAGGUGCAUUACCAAUAGAUGAUAAUUUGCCAGUUCAGAGUUACUUCCAGCAACAAGUAGACACUUCUCAAACCCAGAAGGGGGUUUACUUCCAGCAACAAGUUGACGCUUCUCAAACCCAGAGGGAGGAUUACUUCCAGCAACAAGUUGACACUUCUCAAACCCUGAGGGAAAGUUACUUUCAGCAACCAGUUGACACUUCUCAGACCCUGAAGGAUGGUAGUUUGGCACUUCCUGAUUUUGGCUUACCCAGCUUUUUUCAAACUGAUAUAUCAGUUCACUUUGAUGCUCCGGAGAAGCAACUUGCAUCCCAGACACAAGUACCCUUGAAUAAUCCUUCCUUCCUGCCGUCAGGAAGUUUGAGCUUACCAAGUUGCAGUAGCAUUGGUUCUCAACAACCGCCACACUUGAAGGAGAAUAAGGGACUGCGGGGGAGGGUGAACUCCUAGAGUCAAGGUAAUUGUUACCAGUUUAGGUAUUAUAAUUAUCUGUGAUAAUGCGCAGCCUUUUUCAACAAUAACCUUUGUGGUUGUAUUUUAGCUUUUGUAAUAUGAUAUUGAAUACAAUUUGAACCGUUGUAAAAUAGUCUUUCAACUUUGGUAGUUUGUUCAGAAGAUGUAGGGGCGAGAAA